AUGCUGAGGCAAAUUCAGCUGCGCUGGAGCGGCCACCUGGUGCGCAUGGACGACGAGCGACUACCCAAACGACUCUUCUACGGAGACGUCGCCACGGGCUCUCGUCGCCAAGGAGGCCAACUUCGUCGAUACAAGGAUACUCUGAAGUCCUCCCUGAAGCUUCUGCAAAUUAACCCGACCAACUGGGAAGAGCCCGCCCUCGACCGACCGACCUGGAGGAGGAAAGUGAAGACAGGCGCUGCGAUCUAUGAGGCCAACCGAAUCGCCGCUGCCAAAGUGAAACGCGACGCACGCAAAUCGCAGCCACGCCCUGUCCGCAACGCCGUCGCACAACCGCUCCCAACGUGUCCUCGGUGUCAACGGACAUUCCGGGCACGAAUUGGACUCAUUGGACAUCUUCGGACCAACUGCACCUCUCAUACCGCACCCACUGCCGUCCCUUCGCCCGCCUCUUCCUCGUCCUCUCCGCCGCCAUCCCGUCCCAUAUAA